AUGGGUCACAUCCAAGUUCUUCUAUUCGUCGUGACAAGCGCAUCUGCUUUGGCAGCUCUCACUGCAAUCUUCUCGGCUAUCCACGUGAUGACCGACAUCAGCAGCUUCCAAGACGAAGUUCUCACCGAUCUGAGCAACUUCAAGCAGUACGCUGACGAUGCGUGGGGUGUGAUGGUUCGUACUGGAAACUCGCCAGGAUUCCGUUUUGAGCAAAUCACCGGAAGAGUUCGUAGACAAUAUGCUACCGCUUCUGGUGGUGGUGGUGGAUGCCAAUGCGCCGCCCAAGCCUCUGGAUGCCCAGCCGGACCACCAGGAGCUCCAGGAGAAGAUGGAGCUCCAGGAGAGCCAGGAACUCCAGGACAAGACGGACAAGCUGGAGGAGCUGGAGUCGCCGAACAACACUCUGCUGCUUCUGCUUGCAUCACUUGCCCAGCCGGGCCACCAGGACCACCAGGACCAGAUGGAUCUGCUGGACCAGCUGGACCAGCCGGAAACCCUGGACAAGACGGACAAGGAGGAGAUGCCGGAGCACCAGGACCAGCUGGACCACCAGGACCACCAGGACCAGACGGAAACCCAGGAGCCGCCGGAAACGACGGAGCUCCAGGAGCACCAGGAACUCGUUCAUCCAGCUCUCCAGGACCAGCCGGACCAGCCGGACCACCAGGACCACCAGGACCAGAUGGAGCUCCAGGAGGAGGCAGCGGACCAGGACCAGCUGGACCAGCCGGACCACCAGGACCAGCCGGAAACCCAGGAUCUGCUGGAUCUGAUGGACAACCAGGUGGACCAGGAUCCGAUGGAGCCCCAGGAAGUGAUGCCGCCUACUGCCCAUGCCCACCAAGAUCUGGAGCUGUCGGUGGAGGAGGAGGAUCUGACGCCGCUGUUGGAGGAGGUGGUGGAUCAAGCGAUGGAUACCAACGCAAGCAUCGAUUCUCAAACUAA